AUGCGCAUCGUCACCUGCGCCGACACGGUGGCCGUAUGGGAGCUUGACGCCCCACUCACGCCUGAAGUGGAGAUGAAGCCACACAAGACAAGCACAACCCACUGCGCACGGUGGAACCACAACAACCAAUUCAUUGCGUCAAUUCAUUGCGUCUGGUGGUGGAGAUGGCACCAUUGCGCUAUCGCAUGCCUCUGGGGCUCUGCUCGGCACGCUGGUGUCCGCGCGGUCCUCGCUCUUGCCUUCUCGGCCGGCUCGCGGUAUGUGGUGGCUGGUGGCAUGGCACGGUCGGUCCAGGUGUGGGACCUGAAGACCAGAAGCAUGGUCAAGAGCUUUGACGAUGGCCAUGCCCAGCAAGUCACCCGUAUUGUGUUCACCCCGUCAGACAAGGCUGUGGUGUCGGGCGAUGCUGCCGGUGUCCUCCUUGUCCACUCGCUCGUUCACUCGCGCGAGAUGGCCCGCCUCGAGCCGCCGAGCCCGGCUGCUAUCACUGACAUAGGCUUCUCGCCGUUCAAAAAGUCACUGCUGGCGGCGACGCAUGACGAUGGCUCGUUCCGACUGUGGAACGUGAGCUCGGGCGCGGAGCAUGCCGUCUUUCCGGCGGCGCACGAUGGACCGGCAUCGGGCCUUGCCUUCUCACCGGUCAACCACCUGCUCUGCACCACAGUGGGACAUGAUAAGCGCAUUGUGUUCUACGAUGUGUUUGAGAAGAAGAUCGUCAAGGUCAUCCACGCCCCGGUCCCGCUCUCGUGCAUCGCCUUUCUCGACGACGGCUUUACCCUCGUCGUCGGGACGACUGCCGGCUCUGUCCUCGUCUACAACCUCAAGGCCCGCUCGUCGGCACCGGCCACCACACUCCAAGCCCAUCCUGGGAGCUCUGUUGCUGCCAUUGACGUCGAGAACACGGUGUCGGGCAAGCGGAGCAGCGCGCGGCCCGGGGCUAGCGCCGGCGCCAGCGCGGCUCUGACUGCCGGCGGUGCCUCUGCCGGCCCUGCCACCGCGCCGGUUGCGUCCUCUGCGCCGCCGCCGGCUGCCCGUCGCGAGAGGGCGUCGCCGGCGCGGACGUCGGCGUACUCGGCGUAUGCCAACAUGGACAUGUUCUCGCCGCUCAAGGGCUCGGCGGCGCCGCGCGGAGCACGGACCUCACACUCGCCGCCGCAGCACGCUGGCUUGCCGCCGAGCCGGGCCGCUGUCGAACCACGGUCUCCACCUCACUCGCCGCCGCGCUCUCCGUCUGCUCCUGGCUCCCGUGGCAUGCCGAGCACCUACACCGCGGCCGCAUCCAAGAUCCAGAACGCGCUGCAGUCGUACGCGUCGCCGGCCCGUGCACCUGAGGACGUCCCGGCGUCAGAGGCGUACGGCUACACCUCGCCAAGCUCGAGCCUGGUCUCACCGUCUCGGCCGCGGAGCGGGUCGGCUGCCCGGACCCCCGUCAGCAGCGUCGACACAGCGACCCCAUCACUACCUGCAGCGCCUUUAGCGUCGGCGCCGGCGCCGGCAUCGGCGCCGGCAUCAGGCUUUGAAACCGAGUUUGUGCGCAACAUGCUCGAAGAGUCGCUGUCUGCCUUCCGCGACUCGAUCCACCGCGACAUUCAGAACCUCCACGUCGACAUGCUGCGGCAGUUUCAGGUCCAGCAGGCCGAGAUUGUGGCGCUGCUGGAAAAAUACUCGUCGCGCGGCGCUGCAGCUGCCGCCGAGCCUGUGGCUUCCACAGCACCGCCGCCAUCAUCGGCUGUAGCCUCGUUUUUCCGCACCGUCUCUCAGCAGUGA